AUGGAGUUGAGUAUCGAUGGGGGCUAUGAUGGAUCUCAGAGUUCCCUGACAAGAGCUGAAUUGGAGCAGUACUCAAGGGCAUAUGAAGAAGUGAGGGCCCCAUCUCAUAGCCAGCAGCCUUCUUAUGCCCAGAGUGAGGGUUACCAUAGCUAUGUGUCCAGUUCCGACUCGACCACCACCACUCCCUUCUUGGACAGACUUCGACGGGAAAAUGAAACAGGGAGGGAGUCAUCAGCUAGCUCCGGCUCUUCUAGUGAGACGCUAAAGUGGCAUGGGUCUCUCUCUGAUGUGAGCAGCACACCACAGCACAUAGCACAUUCUGCCAGGGUUCCUAUGCCUCAGCGACACCAUUCGGAAUCCGUGCUUUACCUUGAACCAUGGCCCCAACCAGUGAAUAAUAACAACAUGAGGCGGCUUUUUCCAGUCAGCACGUAUGAACCUACAGCCCCAAGGUACAUUUUAAGUAAUGAUCGCUCACCACCUAAACUCUCGGUAGCUGAGAGAAUUUGUGAGAUAGAGCGACGUGGAAACAAUGAAGAUAAGAGGAGAGGAAUGACUGACCAUGCUUCUCUCAAAGCAAUCCAGAAGAAAGCACUACUUUCCUUUUACGAAAGGCAUGCUUCUGCUUGGAAGUCUGAACCUCAGCUUACUGCCCCUAGCAUUCCACCCCAACCACCACCUCGUCCUCCACCUCAAACCAGCAGGAGAUCAUCUUCAGCAUCGGAUUAUGCUGGAGCCAUGAAAAGAGAAAUUCCUCGAAAUAGCUUAGAUAUGUCAAAAUCAGAAAGUAAUGGCAUGAGAGAUUCAAAACAUCAACAUAGCUCAAGUUGUGGAUCAUUAACAACAGCAUCUUUAGGCCCAAUGAUUAUUGGCCCAUCUAUUUGUGUGGAUGACUGGGUUCCUGCAAGGCCACCCAAAAAGCCUCACUUGCGAGCUGCUUAUCCACACCCUCCUAGCCCAUCAAGCCCUGCAAGUCCUAACAUACUAUGUAGGCCUGAUCCGCCAUAUCCAGUGCCUAGGCCUGCCAGCCCAGAACCACCGCCUCCAUCUCCACCACCACCUCCAGAAGCAGAAACUUAUCCUGAUGAACCACUUCCUCCGCCACCUCCUGAAGUUCAGCAGGGUUACACUUCACGGCGUUAUGAAAGAGCCAUGAAUGCUUCUCUUAGUCUUGAUAAUCUGACAAGGUCAGAUAAGCAUUCAUUACUCCACUCUAAAUCUCAUGAUUCCUGUAAUGAUGGAUUUUACGAAAAUGGGAUGGAAAUUAAGAGAAACGAGCAUAACAAAAAUGGUUUUACCUAUGCUGACAAAUUUAAUGAAAGGUUUGUCGAAAAUCGGAUUGAAUCUAUGCAAACAAAUUACUGUGAUCAAUUAAAUGAAUUAUGGGAUAAGAAGAAUUAUUUAGAUAUGAGAAAAUACUCGGAGAAAAAACAGCCUGAAGCUCAAGUAAGGACUAGUAUUCUUUCUCCCCCAUUACCCAACAAGAAGAGAAGCCAUAAUGAACAGCCGAGGUCAUUAGAUAGUAACUUAUCUUUGGUAGAAAGCAAUAAUGAGGUAAAUAAACCUGGACCUCAAACUCCUAUUCACAAAAAAUACUCUGCACAAAUGAAUAUUAAUGGACAUGAAAAGCAAAUUAAUUAUAAAAAUAUCAGAGAAAACUUUUUGAGGGCAGUAAGUGUUCCAAGUGAACCACAGCUCAUGAAGAAUACCCCUGAAAGACAAUCUCUGAGGUUCACUACUUCUACUCAAAAACUUCUGGUCAAUGGAAAAAUAGCAAAUGCCAUUCACAAUGGAAAAAUUUCUCCACCUUCACGAAAAGCAAACUUAGUGCGAACACCUAGUGAUGUUGUAAGGCGAGUUGCUGGUAUCCAUCAUGCAGAGCCACUUGGGAAAAAUGACAGUCUUCCAAAGCCUACUCUUCCACCGCACUGUCCACCUACCACCCUUCAAUUGUAA